AUGUCUGGUGGCUACAACAUUCCAGGCGGCGGGGAUCCGCCGCCUCUGACGCAAGAUAGUCCGCAGCAAAUUCCUAGCAAUGUGUAUUGCGAAGAUGUUAUAUUCGUUGAUAGUGAUCAUGACAACAUACAUACCCCUAUACAACCUAUAAAGAAUGAUACUGCAUGCACUAGCAAAUCUACAGAAAAAUCCGAUUAUGUUCUCUCUGCUGAUACGGCUAUAUCGCGAAAAAGUCGCCCAAAAAAUACGGACAACAGAUUUAGAAACAGUGACACAGGCCCGUACUUUGUAUUUGUAGAACACCUUGACUUAAAUUUGGGUCGACUCCACCCAAUGAAGCUGGGAGAAAAAUUAGCAGCAUUAGCUGAAUAUGAAAAACACAUUUUAGAAAUUAGCACGGUAGGUCGUAAUCGCAUAAAAAUUGAACUUGAUUCGGGUGAUACUGCCAAUAAACUCAUAGAAGAUUCCUUAUUUGAAGCUAAUAAUCUUGUAGCGUACAUUCCCAACCACCUUACAGAGAAGCGUGGUUUAAUACGAGGUGUUGACACGGCUAUUAAUGAAAAUUCUCUAGUUAAUAUCAUAAAAUCUAACAUCCUUGUGAAAAAAGCGUACAGAAUGACUAGAACCGUUAAUAAUGGAGAAUCUUCUCUCCGGGUUCCUACACAAACUGUAGUUGUCACUUUUGCAGCAGAAAAGUUCAUUAUAAAAUGCAGCUUCAAUGACCAAACUGCACUCACAAGAAAAGUAGCUCAACUAACCACCCUCAACUUGACGCUUCCAUGGUGGCAAAAUAAAAACUCUCCUACACUUGCUGAAGCAUACCCCAACAUCUCUCUGUACAACAUAGAAGGAGAUAAUAUACCAUUUUUCAAGUCUCAAUACAAUAUUUCAUUCUCAAAUUUAGAGACAUACAUCACCGUUGCUGAAAAUCCUCCCAUCAUGAAGCAAUUACUCCACGAUCUACUACAAAAAUUUGUGACUCCUUGUAGAAUCUACACAGACGGAUCCAAAUCUGAGCAAGGCGUAGGGUGUGCUGUAUUUAUAGAAGACGAGAAAGUGUCUCUAAAGUAUAAACUGGAUCCCAUCUGCUCUAUAUUCACCGCUGAGCUAGCAGCCAUAGAUCUGGCUCUUGAGUGGGUAGUCUGCAAUCGUCCGUCAUACCAAAAAUUCAUUAUUAUGUCAGACUCACAAUCAGCUAUACGCGCAUUACAAAAUGCGCCUUUUCACAUAUACCACAACAAAACCAUCGUCUCAAUACUGGAGAAGGAGUCUCAAUUAAGACAACUAAGGAAAUCGGUGGCAUUUAUAUGGAUAAAAGGUCAUGCAAGAAUUGAGGGGAAUGAAAUGGCAGAUCGACUGGCUAAGGUAGCCGCCUCGUCCGGAGAAGAAAAACAAUACGUAACUAAAACUGACAUAGCCUCGUCGAGGAAGCUUAAUAUGAAAAAGAGCUGGCAAAUGGAAUGGACUAAUUUUUGUACCAACAAUAAUAACCAAUACUGCAAAAUUUAUCCAAACCUCCCUGACUCCCCAAUAGAGUUCAGAAGCCACGUCAAUAGGAGAGUACACUCAAUGUACUUCAGAUGUUUGGUCGGACAUGCUACAGUAAAAGCUUACCUGCACCGCUUUGGUCUCGAAGAAUCGGAUACAUGUAGCUGUGAUGGGAAUAGGGAUGAUAUCAAUCAUUGGUUGUUCCAAUGCAAAUUCAACUCAACCGCUUCAGUUUAUAUGAUGAGUGAGCUGGCUACACUUGGUGUUCCAUUUCCUCAAAGUCAAACCUCCCUUCUGUAUUCAAGCACUCACAAUUCAUCAAUUCGAAAAACUCUAUGGGACUUCUUCAAGAGAGCCAGACGGAAAAUAUAA